ACAUUCCAUCGUUGAUUGAGUCGCGAGAUUUCCACUCGUAACCUCCUUUCCGAAAGGUAUAUUGAAACGGAUAGACGAUGGCAAGGCUCGUUGGAAAAAGCACCGAAUUGGUGAAAGCUGGUGUCAAGUUUAGUAUCGAUAACAUAAUACCCGUACUCAAAGUAUGGCAGCAGUACGCUAUGGUAGAACUGACACCACCCUCACCGAGGGACUUCUCUGCGAUUCGUAGCGGUUUUGCGAAAUUGAUCGAAGGAGCAAAGACCCGCCGUUAUCGUGACGUUACCGUACGUGAAGGUGUCAUAAAUACUUUAGUAGCUGCUGAAAUAUAUUGUUGGUUCUUCGUCGGAGAAUGUAUCGGAAAGCGAUAUUUGCUUGGAUACAAAGCAUAAAUAUAUUUCAUCUCUCAGAUAGACAUAAUCUUGUAUAAAUUAUAGAUCUCGUAAAUAUACAAAUGUAAAUUAGA